AAAUGUCUAAAAGCGUCCCUGUCGCAGCGACUUUUAUUUUCUUAAGCAAAUUGUCUCUGCUUCCGGUCUUUAUUUGCAGCUUAACGCAGCUUCCACUCGCGGCAGCAACGAUGAGCUGGAAGCGUAUUGGUCUGUCUGCGGAAGACAGCUGAGCGCUACAAACAUCGAGUCACUGUUUGAACAUCCAGCUCCAACUUACAGAACACUGUCAGAUCCCAACACAUCCACAAAACCCGCUCGCUUCACUUCCCGUCAUCUCAUCCGAAAUUACUUUCACCAUCCUCAUCCUCAUUUACUCGCGCUGCUUCAGAUUAUCGGCUGAAAAAACAGGGGAACACGGACAGAUAAAAAGAAAACAUCCCCCAAACCAAACGGAGUCUGGUGAAAUGCGCGGCUGCCUGUUUUUUAAGGAGGAGGGUGUCCAACGCUGAGCUGUAGUUUCUCUCCAAGAGGCGAGGAAUGCAAUCUGAGCAUCAAUGUUUCACUGGGGCAAGUGGAAGAAGAGGAUGGGAGCCAACAGUUCUUCAAAGAGACCAGUGUUCGACGAGAAGGAAGAUGUAAACUUUGAUCACUUCCAGAUUUUGCGGGCAAUCGGAAAAGGGAGCUUCGGAAAGGUAUGCAUUGUGCAAAAGAGGGACACAGAGAAGAUGUACGCCAUGAAGUACAUGAACAAACAGCAGUGCAUAGAGAGAGAUGAGGUCCGAAACGUCUUUAGAGAGCUUGAGAUCCUACAGGAAAUUGAACAUGUAUUUUUAGUAAAUCUCUGGUACUCCUUCCAGGAUGAGGAGGACAUGUUCAUGGUGGUCGACCUCCUGCUCGGAGGAGACCUGCGCUACCACCUGCAGCAGAACGUCCAGUUCGGCGAAGACGCCGUCAAGCUCUACCUGUGUGAGAUGACUCUGGCCCUGGACUACCUGCGGAGCCAGCACAUCAUCCACAGAGAUGUAAAGCCGGACAAUAUCCUUUUAGAUGAACAAGGUCACGCUCACCUGACAGAUUUCAACAUAGCGACCAUAAUAAAGGACGGAGAGAGAGCCACAGCGCUGGCUGGAACCAAGCCCUACAUGGCUCCAGAGAUCUUCCAGUCGUUUGUCAGCGGAGGUACAGGCUACGCUUUUGAAGUCGACUGGUGGUCGUUGGGGGUGACGGCCUUUGAGGUGCUGCGUGGAUGGCGACCGUACGAUAUCCAUGCCAGCAACUCUGUGGAGUCUCUGAUCCAGCUCUUCAGCACGGUGAGCGUCCAGUACAGCCCGGCCUGGCCCAAAGACCUGGUGGCACUACUGAGGAAGCUGCUGACUGUGAACCCAGAGCAUCGGUUUUCCAGUCUGUCUGAUAUGCAGACGUCUCCAUACCUCGCCGCCGUCAACUGGGACGCUGUGUACGAGAAGAAGAUGGAACCUGGAUUCGUUCCUAAUAAAGGUCGGCUCCACUGCGACCCCACCUUUGAGCUGGAGGAGAUGAUCCUGGAGUCGCGACCCCUCCACAAGAAGAAGAAGAGGCUGGCUAAGAACCGCUCUCGAGACAACAGCAAGGAUUCACAGUCUGAGAACGACUACCUACAGGAGUGCCUUGAAGUGGUGCAGCAAGAGUUCAUGAUCUUCAACCGCGAGAGGUUGAAAAGGCGCCAGGAGGAGGGCCAGGAGGAGGCCGGGGGCGACGACCCCAGCGCUGACAGGGACGACGAGGCGGAAACUGGGGUCGCCGAAGACAACGCGCAGGAUCCGGACCCAGAGCCGGAGUCCUCCUCCAAACUGAGCAUGUGCGGCUCCGUGUGCUCGUCCCCCGGCAGCUGCUAGCCCACACAGCGACGGAUCUGUCUGUGCCGUGCCAAUAGAUCCCCCCCUUCACCUCUCUCCUCUGUCGCUGAGGAAACGCACAUGGAAGAGAGGGCCGGGUGGGCGAAAUGACCCAAAAUGGCUGCCCCAGUGUUCCGUCUCUUUUACUUUCCGUAGCAUCUUUCUGGUAAGGCAUGAAUGAAGCAGAUCCCCAGAGACUCUUUGUGCUCAUAGAGUAAGCUCUAACUUCUAUGCAAUGUAACAUUAUAGCAUGAUAAAUAAGGUUUUCACUCACUGGGAGGUGUUGAUCGUAACCACGGUGGCAUCCUGAGCAACAUCGGCCCACAGCUUAAAGCUGCAGUAUGUAACUUUUAUUUAAAAAUUAAAUAUGUUUUUUAUAUAUUUGUUAAAAUUGUCACCAUGUUGUAAUAUGAGACAGAUAAUCUGUGAAAAAAUCAAUCUCCCCCACCUCUACAUUGAGCUACUAAUGCCGUCUGAAAAAAUGCAUAAAAACAACCAAUCAGCACCAGGAGGUGGGUCUUAAUGGUGUGAAUCAAUCUCAUGUACUCGCUGCUAAAUGUAAAAAUGGUGGAGAAGCAACUUACCUUUACAGGAAAGCCAUUUAUCAACUUUCACCAGUAGCUAAGCUAACUAGCCUGAACAUUCACUACAUUCUCUGCUAGCUGCAGGGUCACACAAGAUUAUGAUUGACAGCGCUAAGACUCGCCUCCUGGCUCUGAUUGGUUGUUUCUAGUUUGCACCAGGGUUAUGAUAGUUUUUAGUUGAGUCUGAUUUUGUUGUGACCUUUUGUUUGUCUAACUCAGGUAGUCGUAAAUAGUUUUUAUAGUGUGUUUGCUAGUUAUCAUUAGCUAAAUAUUAGUUUUAGUUUAGUUUUUAUUAGUUGUAAAUUUUUGUCAUUAUCUGGUUAAUUCAAAUAGGUAAAAGUAAUAUAUUGUGAUUAUGCAGACAUUGAUUAGCCAAUGAAUGUUUAACAGAAGAUACAAUUUUAAAAAUAUAUAUAUAAAAUUAUUAACUAUUGCUGUCGUCAUUUUGCAAAAUUAAUGUAAUCUGCCGACAGCUGACAUAAACGGCAUGAGUGGGA